GCCAUCAUCAUCAUUUAUGCGCUAGUCAAAUAUGGCGAUUCGCAGCAGUCAGCGAAGAGAGCUGUGCGAGCCAAGUUCGCAGUUCGUCAUGUAACAGCGUCCUGUACCCGUCCUGUUGUAAGGAGCGUUCGUGUUAACCGUUCAGUGCAGACGGCGAGACUUGAAAUUACCAUGCGGUUCAAUGAGAAAGAGAUGGCAACGCUCGCCGUAGGAGCAGCCGACAAGGAAGGACGUCUAAACCACCGGAACCUAUCCUUCAGAGAAGUGUUCAAGGAAAGAUGGUUCAAGUUGAAAGGAAACCUGCUGUUCUACUUUCGCUUGAAUGAAUAUGGGGGAGUGUUUGAGAAAGAGCCUGUGGGCCUAUUUGUCAUCGAAUGCUGCAAGGUUCAGCACGAACCAAGCGUCGACUAUGCCUUUGCAUUUUCUAUAGCAUUCUCAGAUGAUGCGGAUCGAAAGCAUCUGUUCACGUGCACAACACAGAAGCACUGUGAUGAGUGGGUGAGCUGCCUGCAGCAGGCUAGCUAUGAAUACCAGAGGGGUCGCCUGCUCUACAUGCAGCAGAAGAUUUUGGAACUCACUGGACGGGACCCUUUGGCAGACUUCAUCAGCCGGCGAAAUGGCAAUGCUCCAGGUAGCGUACAGGCCAUUCAGAAGGCGCCUGAAAGCAACAGCAGCACUGCGGAUGCGAAAAAGAGGACCACAAUAUGGCACUGAUAGUGUGCCACUAGGUCACAGUUCGUUGUGGUCUCACCUUGCCAUCAUUUUCAUUCCCAGCGCUGCAUGAGUCACACACCAAGUGGAGCAUCACUGAUCCUGCUUCACUAAUUGUUUCAACUCUUCAAGGGUGAAAUCAUGCCCUGUUUAUGACUUCUAAUGUUGUACAUUGCAUUUUAAAUGUGUAUGUGUCCAUCUUCACGUUCCACCACUUGUGCCUGCACAUUGCUCGUCCGGUCCUUAUCUGAGUCCGCCGUGUGCUCUUGCGAGUUCACUCGGUGAUACUGAAAGUUGUUGAUGUGAGAUGAGAGCAUUGAAUGUUUUCUGGUGCUGCAUUUUAAUACCGCUUGAUUAUUUUUGUUGUUUAAUAGUGCCACUGCCUUUUUUUUAUUGUUAAACUGUCUAUGAAAGGUGGUUUCAUAGACGAUGUGGGUGAUACGGUGAACAGAACAACUUAUCACUUUAUUGCGAGCUGAGGAGCGCGCCUUGUGCACAAGGUGAUGACGCGGUCUGGUAGGGGCAUGACCUUUGUUUUUCUUCCUUCUUUCAUCAAUUCAUAUAAGCUGCAGAAGUAUAAUAUAAAUAGCCAUUUGCUGAACACAGCAUUCUGUUCAUUGAAUGCUGUAAAACAUGUUUAUUCAACAUCUUUAUUUUAAUCAUCGGCAUCAGUUCCUUAUCAUAAUUACAACAGGAGUUUCCAUAUUCUCUCUAAUCCGUGAAGCACAGCUGCUUUCUGCAUAGAAAAAAGAAGUGUAAGCAUUUAUCACUGUCAUAUUAAUUUAAAGAUGGAAAAAGCAGCAUUUUAGUAGACAGCUGGUGAUAGAUAUCCAAUUGGUUAUGGCAUAAGAAGAAUAACAUGACAAUCACAUAGGUUGAGUGGGACCCCCCCUUGUUGUAGCCUGUCUGGUCAUAAAUCUAAGCUUCUAAAUGUGAGCAGUUUAUUUUUACUGGUUGUAUUUUUUUUUAGCAAGUUGUAGUGGUAUAAAAAGCAAUCAAUUAAAUAUCAAGUCUGAUGCUUCUAAUGUUCUCCUUUGCGAAGCACAACUCCAUUGGUGAGAAUUUUGGUGAGAGCAACACUAGUGUCUGCAUACCAGAAGUGGUGAUGGUGAUAUCUUGUGACACUGUGUUUAACCAACGCAUGCCAAACUUUUGUUGGAACGACUGACUGUUGUGGGGUCUCAAUCCUGCUCUUGGGACAAAGGAACCACAACACAAUAGUGCAAACAAUCAAAAGGGCAUUUAUUGUGCCUUUUAUACACUAAUGCAAGCUAGCUGCAUUACAACUAAUGGAACAAGCCGAUGGGUGCUGACAAAUCAAUGAAUGUCUCUAUGUUGAACAUCCCUAUGUUCCUGCUGAGCUUGCAGCUUCAGAAAUGUAACAAAGACCAUAGCCGCUGUAUUAUCAUGAUCCUCUUACUUUGUGUUGCAAGCAGUUCUUGCACUUCAGUUCAGGAAAGCUUCAGAACUAUUGACUGAUCUUGUCCCAUGGAUUGGUAAAUUCAUACUUGCUAGACUUUUUUUUGAGGGGGGGGGGGGGGGGGGGGGGUCAAGUUCGUAGUCUAGUUCAUUCCUAUUACCCCGCACAUUGGGUAACAAGGUAACUCCACUUACAUCACUCCAUUUGCAACCCGAGCCAUAGUCACAGUCGCACGAUUUUCUUUUGUUGUGGUAAAACAUGUGUAUGAACGAUUGCUCCAUGCCAGGAGGCUGCUUUAAAAGGACACUAAAGAGAAAUUCAAUUUAGUACUGAAUUGGACUAUCUCAAAACCUUAUUUGCAUUUCUCUUUGCGUAAAAAGUAUCGAGAAAGGAAAUACCAUUCUUAAAUUUUGGGCGAGAACUAUGGUGGCGAUUAGUGUGACUUCGCAACGUAUAAUCUCGAAUAUUUGGAUUGUUUCUGCUCAGGAAAAUGUUCAAAAAGUUGCCAGCUAUAGCCUCCGCUUGCUUUUGAAGGCAUUGGAAGACAAUCCCAGUGGUGUCGUCACCCGUCUUCCUUUCUUGUGUCCUUUCUGGCUUGUGAUGGCUCAGAUCUUGGUCUCACCUACUUGUCUGGUACUUAGAAAUGUGAUGCAGUCGAACCCAGGUAUAUCGAACCCACAUAUCGCGAAUUAUUGUGUUUAACGAACAGCAGUAAACUCCCCAUUAAAAUGUGUGUAUCAAAUUUUUAUUUUAUAUAUCGAAUUACCUAUCCUAUACAUCGAAACUUUUUUUGUGAUCUCCUUCAGAUUUGAUAUAUCCAGGUUUGACCGUAUACCAGUCCAGUUUGAUUAACUUGCUAUUUCUCCAUAGUGUUCCUUUAAAGUAUGUACGGUGCUUGCGAACAAGUUGAAGUCCUACAUGACCUGGUAUUAGAAAUGGUUUGGUCCACGUGUGCCCAAUCAAAUGUAUUGUCAUUACAUUCCACUCGGAAUGGCACUUCGAGUACCUGUAUCGUAAAAGUGAGCUGGCGUUUCAUGUCUUUGCUGCCAAGAAUCAAACGCUCUCCAUGCCAUUGGUGUGCGAACAUAUAUUUUGUGCCUUUGUUGUCACGUGCCUCAUAGAAGCACUUGUGAUGAAUAGUUGCCCAGUGUUCCAAGGGUAGCAGCCCCCACUACCUCCACGCUUUGCUGAAAUGUGCUGGUCAUGUAAUAAAAUAAGGGGGGAGUUUUCUUGACAAGAUUGGCUACUACGAAGAAAAAAGCUGUAGUCGGCUGUAAAUGCAGACUCUUAUAAUAGUUUGUCUUGGCUUGAGCCUUAAAACCUUAUUAAACAGUGAGCAGGUUCGAUACUGUGUGUUCUAUUCAUUGAAGCAUUUUCAGCAGCAGCACAUUCUAUUACAGCAAAUAUUACUGCAACCUUUUUUGCCUUCUCAGCUUUAUUAGUUUGAAGGACUUCGUUAAACCAGGAAAGCGUAGAAGAAAAGGUUGAAAAUUACUGCUGAUCUCAAUAACUUUUUUUUUCAUUGACUGUGACACUGACAAACAGCUCAACUCUUCCUUUCACCACCGGGCUCUUUCAGUUUUUUCUUAAUGUUGUCUUUAUGAUACAAAAGCUUUGCAUCCGCCACUGCCUGUGGUCUUAAAGGCCAACUGCACCGAAUUUUCUCUUUGGAUCAGUUUGUUAUACAGGGUGUUUCACUUAACUUGGGCCAAACUUCAAAAAUAUGCAAAUGCUACAUAGCUGGACAGAAACAAGGUAAUGUUGUUUGCCGUCGCUUGUAGAUACUCCGAUUAUUGUGUUGCAUUCCUGCCUAAUUAUAUAAUUAUUCUGAAUUAAUCAACUUCUCAAAUAUAAUUAGAUGAAAAGGGCGAAUGAGAAAAUUGUAGAGCAACAUAAACUCCCGAUACAGCUUUCUGUUGCUCAAUAAGUGCUGCAUAAAACUGUUUUUCCGAGCGUGAAAGAAGCCCGUGAAUACACUGCAGAAUUUCUGCGCGACUGGCCGCUCGAGGCACUUUCACGCUCGGCAAAACUUUUGUGUAGCACAUAUUGAGCAACAGAAAGCUGUGUCGGAAGUUUUCAUGUUCCUCUCUAGUUUUCUCAUUGAUACCUUUCAUCUAAUUAUAUUUGAGAAGUCCAUUAAGACUAAUUAUGUAAUUAGGCAGAAUGCAAAAAAGAAUCUUAGUAUCUCCAAGUGACGGCAAACAAUAUUACCUAGUUCUGUCUACCUACACGGCAUUUGCGUAUUUUUAAAUAUUGGUGCAUGAUAGUUGGGACACCCUGUAUAUACUAUUGCAGUAAGCUUGGCAAAGCCAUAGGGCUCUUAUUUGUCUAAUCUUCUUACUAACAUCCUUUAAAAAGCUCCUAACCAGACUACAUGUAUGCCUGGUGGUUAGCAGAUAUGACGCAAUUGCCAGGCAUUGCCUCCGAGAUCUUCAGCAUGCCACAGGUGCCACCUGAUCUUGGAGGUCAUGCCAAGAAGCCGCGCUGGUUUUUGGUGUUCUGCGUUCUUCAUCUCCAGCGAGAGAUAAUGGUGGUGUUUUUUUUUUUUCUUUCUCAAUUUUAGAAUCAAAAUUGUCUUUCUUUUGCAAGCUGUUUGUGCCAUAUCCGCAUGUACUUGAAAAGUAAAAUUUUGUGCAGAGGCUGCUUUAUGUAGUAGAUUACCUGAAAACAUGCUUUUUACAUGUUCCCAAGUUUGUUUGCAGUUGGCCUUUAAGUGCACUGAGAUAAUCGUAGAUGCAUUUAGAAGUAUUACAUGACUGGUAAAUGAAAUAUUAUUUAUUGAAAGUUUCAUUGUGAUUGCUGUUGUUCAGAGGAUUUAACUGCUGCAUCGUGCAAACAACCAUUGUGCCAUAAUGUUAGAAGCGCAGAUUUUUUAUAUAGGGUUGAUAAACAUAGUAAAACCAUAUGAAGAUUAAGCCUCUUCUAAUCACUGUCUGAUGUAGCUUAGCAAGUUGCAGCAAGUGGUGUAGCAGAUUUUUCUAAACUGAAAUAGACAUCUGCUGUCAAUGCAGACGCCAUGUUGUUUGAGCUGGGUGGCCCUAGAGCCUUCAAGGUCGACUGACAGUGGUUGAACAUGAACACUGUAAGAGAAUAAAUCAAGUUGCAAUCAGGCAUCCAUAGUUUGAUUGCUGUUUUUUAUUGACAAUCUUGGCCUGUCACGUCACUCUCUGCAUUGCGACAAAUGGAAUACUCAUGGCUUUUAAUACAGUAUUGUAAUGGUGUUUUAGGCAAUAGAUAGGUAUACUGAAAAUCAUUAUUAGCAGAGCCAGUAGUAUAUUAUGUCAGCAAAAGCCUGAAUGGGCUUUUGCUAUGUUUGUUUUGUAAAUAUCUGACAGAUGUAGACUGAUGUAUUUUGUACAACGUAAGCUCCUUGACGUGUUCACCUAAGCAGUCCUCGGCAAGGAAAUGCUGAGGCUGAGCACAGUCGUGACGGAAAGACUUGGUUCUCAUUGAUGUUGCCAGAUGUUUGUAUGAUGUUUUAAUCUGGCUUUUAAAAAUGUUACCUUAUAGGGACCAAUAAAU